AUGGAACAAAAUUAUGAGAAAAUCCCUUUCCAAGAACACGAGAAAGAUAUGGGUACUUCCCAGGAAAGUUCUAGUAAAGAGAGCCUUUAUGAUGGAUAUUAUGGGGACAAUCUUCUACUUUCACAACUCCAGGACAAUGAUGGAAACAUUCAGAUAAAGUAUGGUUAUGAUUAUCCUCAAGUACUAGACUCAUCUACCUUCCCAGUCCAAGAAGAUGAUGGUACAUGUUAUGCUGCAUGCCAAUAUAUAAAUUUUUCAGAGGACGAAUGGAAUGAUAGCAUAGAGGACGAAGCCUUUGAGGGCUGGUUCAAGAUCACAAUUCCAAAUGGGAGAAAGUACAACAAGAUGUGGAUAAUAAAUUUACUCCAGAGCCAUUGCAGUGUGGCCUUCACACCAGUUGAUUUCCAGUACAUCAGAAACCGGAUACAGUUCUUUGUUCAAAAUGCUCAAAGUGCCUUUGAAUUGAUGAAUAUAAACUUCCAGAUACGUGAUGAGGAAAACAGAAAGAUCUCUAUCUGUGUUUGUUCAUCUACCGGGCCUGCAUCUGUGCAGUAUAAGUUAACACCAGGACAGAUGGAGAUCCUAAAACGGAGCAUGAUGAAACGAUAUGAUGUGUCCCGUAAAUCUCUGUCUCUCAAGAAGCUUCGCUUUGACCCAGACUUAAUGGAUCAUGGGCUUGACAUAUUUCUGAACAGAAGAAGCUGCAUGGCAGCCAUGCUUCAGAUCAUCCAAGUGGAUUUCCCUGAGCUAUUGUCCUUGAACUUGAGCAACAACAAAAUAUGCUGGCUGGAUGGCCUGUCUGAAUUAAUAGAGAAGGCCCCCCAAGUCAAGAUUCUGAACCUUUCAAAAAAUGUGCUAAGAACAGCAUGGGAGUUGGAGAAGAUGAAGGGGCUGAAGCUAAAAGAGCUGUGGCUAGAAGGGAACCCCAUGUGCAGCACCUUCGCAGACAAUUCGGCCUAUGUAAGUGCUGUUCUGAACUGUUUCCCGGAGUUGUUAUGCCUGGAUGGCUUCAAAUUAUUCCCAACAGUUGACACCUACACUUUGGCAAUAAUAAAACCACGACAGGAAACCUACAGAGGAUCUGAAAGUCUGAAGGAUCUGAUCGUGCAAUUUAUGCUUCAGUAUUACUUGAUCUAUGACUAUGGUGACCGACGCAAUCUCCUCACUGCUUACCAUGCAGAAGCCUGCUUCUCCCUGACCAUUACUUCCAACUCUGACAAGCCAAACAUGAGAACUUUAGAAGAAUACUUCAAGGAUAGUAGGAAUAUGAAGAAGAUCAAGGACUCCUUUUUGCGGAUGCAGCUGCUGAAGCACAAAAAAUGUAACAUUGUGACCUGCCUUCAUGAACUGCCAAAGACUCAGCACGAUUUAACUUCCUGUGUAGUAGACAUUUGUGCCCAGACAGAAAAAAUGAUCUGCUUUUCCGUCAACGGGGUGUUCAAAGAAAUGGAAGGAACGUCUAAGGGAUGCAUUCGUGCCUUUACCCGGACAUUCAUCUUAACUGCUGGCAGACAUUUCAGUGUAAACAAUCGAGAGUUAGGUCUACGGUUUAAUGAAGCUGGCAGGCAAUCUUUCAAAGGGUAUUCCUAUGACAGAGGAAAUGGAUAUCAGCUAAUGAAGUAUGGAAACAGAGGAGGGGUUUGCUCUUCCAGGCUUUGCAUUGUGAAUGAUGAGAUGAUUCUCAGGAAUGCCACUGCUCAAGAGACCAAGAAGGCCUUCUCUACCACCAUGCCCACAAUCGUCUAUGCCAAGGGUCAUCAGCAGAUGAAGGAUUUCCCCACCUGGACUGAUUUGACGUGA